AUGGCGCACACCGGUACAAGCGAAUUCAUCUCUGGUAGUAGCGUGACUGCCGGAGAAAUCCGGGAAAUUCGCGAAAGGGAGAAGAGGGAGAUGCGAGGGUUGAACGAUCGACUAGCAGCUUAUAUCGAACAGGUUCGUUUCCUGGAAGCACAAAAUCGAAAACUCAACCAUGACCUGGAAAGAUUGACGAAGGGUAAACACGCACCCGGAAUCCGCAUGAUGUACGAAAAAGAGAUAACGCAGUCGCAAUCCAUCAUCGCCGGUUCUAAAAGAGACUAUGGAAAUACAGAAAAGGAAAGAAUGAACUAUGAGCACCAAGCUCAGGCUCUUAUCGAAGAGUGCAAGUUGAUUGCUACCAGCAAUAAUGUUAAAAUGGAUAAGUACAAAUAUCAAGAUACAACCGAGGAGAAUCGUGCAAUCUUCCGUCAAGGACUAUUGGAAGCAAUUGCCGAAAUUCGCAAACUUUACGAUGAGGACACAUCAAAGUUCCGUAGUGAAAUGGAAUCUUGGUAUAGCAAGCAGGUUAUUGGAAUCCGUACCAGCAGCCGCCUUGCAGCAGAUGCCACCACUACAAAGGAGGUUGCGCCUGAUGGCUCAUCCAUUACCAUAGAGAAUACAUCUGUUUCACAUGAUGAAAUGAUCGGCGAGUGGAGAUUACGUAGUUGUGGUGCAGGCCGUGAUGUA